GCUGCCAGUUGUCUUAGUAAGAAGAGAAGGCUUCAAUGGAUCCUUUUGUGGUCCUGGUGCUCUGUCUCUCCUGUUUGCUUCUCCUUUCACUCUGGAGACAGAGUUCUGGGAGAGGGAAGCUCCCUCCUGGCCCUACUCCUCUCCCUAUUAUUGGAAAUAUCCUACAGUUAGAUAUUAGGAAUAUCAGCAAAUCUUUCAGCAAUUUCUCAAAACUCUACGGCCCUGUGUUCACUGUGUAUUUUGGCCUAAAGCCCACUGUGGUUUUGCAUGGAUAUGAAGCUCUGAAGGAAGCCCUGAUUGAUCAUGGAGAGGAGUUUUCCGGGAGAGGUGCUUUGCCACUAAUUGAAAGAAGUCAGAAAGGGCAUGGAAUCAUUUUCAGCACUGGAAAGAGAUGGAAAGAGAUGCGGCGUUUCUCUCUUUUGACCUUGCGAAAUUUUGGGAUGGGUAAGAGAAGCAUUGAGGACUGCGUUCAAAAGGAAGCCCGCUGUAUUGUGGAGGAGUUGAGAAAAACCAACGCCUCACCCUGUGAUCCUACUUUCAUCCUGGGCUGUGCUCCCUGCAAUGUGAUCUGCUCCAUCGUUUUCCAAAAUCGAUUUCAGUAUGAAGAUAAGAAUUUUCUUACCUUAAUGGAAAGAUUCAACGAGAACUUCAGGAUUGCAAGCACCCCAUGGAUCCAGGUUUGCAAUAUUUUUCCUUUUCUCAUCGAUUACUUCCCAGGGACUCACAACAAAUUCCUUAAAAAUGGUGCUUUUACAAAAAGUUAUAUUUUGGAGAAAGUAAAAGAACACCAAGAAUCACUGGACAUUAACAAUCCUCGGGACUUUAUUGAUUGCUUCCUGAUUAAAAUGGAGCAGGAAAAGGACAACCAACAGUCUGAAUUCACUGUUGAAAACUUGGUUAGCACUGUAUUUGACCUGUUUGUUGCUGGAACACACACAACAAGCACCACUCUGAGAUAUGGACUCCUGCUCCUUCUGAAGCACCCAGAGGUCACAGCUAAAGUCCAGGAAGAGAUUGACCGUGUAAUUGGCAGACACAGGAGCCCCUGCAUGCAGGACAGAAGCCACAUGCCUUACAUGGAUGCUGUAUUGCAUGAGAUCCAGAGAUACAUUGACCUUAUCCCCAAUGGCUUGCUUCAUACAGUGACCUCUGACAUUAAAUUCAGAAACUACCUCAUCCCUAAGGGCACAAACAUAGUGCCAUCACUGACUUCAGUGCUUUACGAUGACAAAGAAUUCCCCAACCCAGAGGUAUUUGACCCUGGCCACUUUCUGGAUGAGAGUGGCAACUUUAAGAAAAGUGAAAACUUCAUGCCCUUCUCAGCAGGAAAACGGAUUUGUGUUGGAGAAGGACUUGCCCGCAUGGAGCUAUUUUUAUUCCUGACUACCAUUUUACAGAACUUUAACCUGAAAUCUCUUACUGAUUUAAAGGCCCUCAAUGCCACUCCCACUGCCAAAGGACUUGUUUCUAUGCUACCUUCAUACCAGAUCUGCUUCACUCCUGUCUGAAGAAGGUUAAGUCACCUGGCUACUGAUCUUUUGUCACCUGCAAGUCUUUUUUAAUUUUUUUUAAAUCAGGGAGAGUUCCAAUAUUAGGGAUAUCUUUUCUGACCUCUAAUCACAUUUUCCCAUUCCCUGAAGAUGCAUUGAACAUCCGAUCUUCAUUAAGGAGACUUGCUUGGGUCAUUGCAUAAAUAUAUCUGCUAUUAUUAAUAUUCUGUAUUACUUUUAUUGACUGCUACACAUACUAAUAAUUUGUGCUGAGUUUUUAAUGUUUUCGUUAUAAAACAGAGAAAAAUGAUUACCAUAUCAUAAUUCAGAUUCAUUUCUUCUGUGAAUAUUCUAAAUGAAAAGUGUUACUAAUUGCUAGCUUAUUCUCAGAUUUUUCCUCUUUUGUCCAUAAUAAUGCAAGAAAGAAAUGAAACAGAGUAUCAGCCAUGCUGUCCCUCAUAAUGAUAAGCAUAGAGAGGGACAAAGGGAAGGAGGGUGGGGAAGCUUUCUUGGCUGCGUGUUAUCUAGAGUUUCUCAAGGUUUGGAUUUGAGAAAGAAGGUCUGUCAAAGAGCAAAACUAACCUUUAGGGAAAUAUUAAAAGGAUAAGUGAUAAGUAGGAAUGAACAUUAAGUGUCAGAACUCAUGCCCUUACUUAGGUGUUACUGUCCACACUAAAUACAAAUUUGAAAUAUUAUUUUUACUUCAUGUUUCCAACUUAGAAUUAAGUAUAAAUAUAUGCUCUCAAAUUGCUACUCAUGUGUUCUGAAUGUUAUUCUUCUCUCCCCAAACAAGAACAAAAUCUCUGCAAAGCCUCAGUAGAUUAUAUUAUUUUUCUAAUUUAUACCUCAUUGUUUCACACUUAUCAUUAAUGUGAUGAUCAUUUGAUUCUAUGGCCCUGAAGUGAUUAGCCUCAUUUUAUCUCCAAAAUAUACACAAUUGAACAUCUAACACACAUCAAAUUCUAGUCAUCCAUUCCCAUUCCUUCUAUUUUCAAGUUUAUGAAAUGAGAAUGGACAUCAGUGAUUACUCUUUGUGAGCUUAUCUUCCAGAGGAAGUCACUUUGUCAUGCAUUUUAAGCUAUUAUGUAAGUGUACUGAUGUACAUAUAUGUAUAUAUGUAUCUAUACACGUAUGACUGCAUAAAUAUAUAUUCACUCAUUGUAUAUAUUAUAUACACACAAAUACAUAUGCUAUUAAGUGUGGUUCUUUAUAAAAUUGGGCUCAUACUACACAUAUUUUCUACAACUUGAUGUUUUUCUAGUAAACAAUAUACCAGGAACCACCCCAAUAUAAUAAAAACAUGGAAAAAUGAUUCUAAU